CUUCAGCUAGCUGGCGGCACCAAGUGUACCAUCGUCGAAUAGUUGCGUUAAUUUCAAGUUAUUUUUUCGUUCACAAUGUCUAGCUUAAAACCACUACAAUGCCUAAAUCUGGACAAACCACAGCAAAAAGCGUUCAUUGAAUUCUACAAAUCACUUGGAGAAAAACCCGCGACAACUAUUAGGUUGUUUGAUCGUAUAGACUACUACAGCUGCCACGGUGAAGAUGCAGCUUUCGUCGCAAAGCUGCUUUUCAAGUCCACCAAUUUUGUUAAAAUAAUGGAAUCGGACGGCCAACAAUUGGCAUAUGUUUCGUUGAGCAAGAACAAUUUUGAGGCUCUGAUUCGGGAACUACUGCUGGUUCGGAACUACCGCGUCGAUGUUUACACAAAAUCUUCGCAGAAAAAGUUGGGCAAUGAGUGGACGGUCGAAUUUAAGGGCUCGCCGGGUAAUCUGGCCCAUUUCGAAGACGUUCUGUUCAACAGCAACAAUGAUAUGAUUAGCGGAUCGGCCCUGAUUGCGCUGCAAGUUCGGCAAGAGUCAAAGAACCGUACGAUCGGAUUGGGCUUCAUCGACGUAAACGAGCGUCGAAUGGCAGUGGUGGAGUUUGUCGAUGACGACUUCUACACCGAGCUUGAGGCUUUGAUCGUCAUACUGGGACCAAAAGAAUGCCUUCUUCCUAGUGUAUCGGCAGAGUACGAGCGUAUUCAACAGCUAAUGAACAGAAACAAUGUAAUCGUAACACUUCGUAAAAAGAAGGAAUUCGCUCUCAGCAAAGAGGAUAUAAUAGACGGUCUCAACAAAUUGCUACGCUUUCGCAAAGGUCAGCAGCAAAACGCAAAUACCAUUCCUGAAACGUCAAAAACUAUCGCUCUACAAGGACUAGGGGCAACGAUAAAUUAUCUCGAACUUGUCCAGGAACCCGGUAACCACGGACAUUACCAAUUGAGUUUGCUGAAUGCCAAACGAUACGUUCACUUGGACGCAGCUGCCGUUUCCGCUUUGAAUCUGUUUCCCAAACCCGGUACUCCGAUUUCUUCAAACGCUUUCCGUUGGCAUAGCGUUUUGGGGGUUCUGGAUCGGUGUCGCACUCCGCAGGGUCAUCGCUUGAUGGCUCAAUGGAUAAAGCAACCAUUGCGUGAUUACGAAAUAAUCAAGGACCGACACGAUAUCGUCGAAUGUUUUGUGAAUGAUUCGUCGGUCCGUGCCGAGCUGUACAAUAACCACUUGAACAAACUGCCCGACAUAUUGCUAGCUCUAAAGCGGCUACUUCGCCGUAAGGCGUCAUUACAGGAUAUUUUUCGCCUGUAUCAGGUGGUCCUGCGGAUGCCGAAGAUAUUAUCGUUGCUCGAUUCACUUUCCAGUAAUGUGGCCGUGCGUAAUAUUCUAUACGAUCCCAUCAAAGACAUUUUGGGCGAUCUAAAGCUUUUUAAAUCCAUGGUUGAGCAAAUUAUCGACCUAGAGGCUGUUGAGCGUGGCGAAUAUAUGGUAAAAGCUACGUUCGACAGCCAGUUGGAGGAGCGAAAGGAGGAAAUGGACGCAGUCGAGGGUAAAAUGAAACGUCAUCUGUCGUCCGUGGCAAGCGAUAUCGGAUUAGAGGCGGGUUCCUCCAUAAAGCUAGAAUUUGUCAGUCACCAUGGGUUCCAUUUUCGGAUUACGGUCAAGGAUGAAACAUUGAUACGCAAAAACAAUCGCUACCGAAUUCUUGAUGCCGUGAAAGGAGGCGUACGUUUCACGACGGACAGUUUGAGUGAUAUGAGUGAAAACUUUUCGGAACUUAAGGAAGCUUACGAAGAGCAACAGCAAACAAUCGUAGCGGAAGUAGUCCGCGUGGCUGCCGGAUACGUCGAGCCAUGGACGAUGCUGAACAAUCAAAUUGCACAGUUGGAUUGCUUGGUUAGCUUUGCCGUCAGCGCCGUAUCCGCUCCGAUUCCGUACGUUCGACCCACAAUGCACCGGGAUGGCCGGAGUGUGCUGAAACUAUCUCAGAUUCGGCAUCCAUGCCUGGAGCUGCAGGAAGAUGUCAACUUUAUAGCUAACGAUGUCAUGUUCGAUGAGCAGGAUUCAACCAUGUAUAUCAUAACUGGUCCGAACAUGGGCGGCAAAAGCACGUACAUUCGUUCGGUUGGCGUGGCAGUGUUGAUGGCUCACGUAGGCGCCUUUGUAGCAUGCGACAAAGCGGAGAUUUCCAUCAUGGACUCCAUUCUCGGUCGGGUCGGAGCGGACGAUAAUCUCAGCAAAGGACUCAGUACGUUCAUGGUGGAAAUGGUUGAAACUGCCGGAAUAGUCCGGGGUGCUACCAACAAAUCUCUUGUCAUCAUCGACGAGCUGGGCAGGGGAACGUCGACCUACGAAGGCUGUGGCAUAGCAUGGUCAAUCGCAGAAUGGCUGGCAAAGGAAAGUAAAUGUUUUACCCUGUUCGCCACACACUUCCAGGAGAUAACAGAUCUGGCAACGUACGUUCCCAAUGCGAAGAAUUCUCACAUGGAAGCAAUAGUUGAUGGCGAGCGUUUGACGCUUUUAUAUCAGGUCAAACCGGGCAUCAUGGAAAAAAGCUUCGGUAUACAGGUGGCCAAACUGGCCAACUUCCCACCGGCGGUUGUAGAGCUCGCCCAGAAAUUUUACAACGAAUGUGAGGAUCAUCAGAGUAAUUUAAAGCAAAAGAACGACUGCGAAGGAUUGUCCACACUAAAGAAAUGCUUCGAUGAAAUCGAUCAGUUUGACGCUGAAAAAGACUCUUAUUCUCUGUCUCCUGAGAUACUGGAAAGCGUAAGAGCGCUGCUCGCAUAAAAAUCACAUGAAAUCGAACAUUUUAGUAAAUACAGUUUUUUUCGGGAUUUUCCAAAUCGAACUGCUCAAAUUCGUCAAUCUAUGUUUAAUUGAAGUCCCUUAACCGUACUCUGACCGCCAUAACAACAGAGAGAGGAGAGGUGGGAUUUCAAACAAUUUAGUUUGUAAAACUUUUGUUUAAACUUAAUGCUAAGCUAAGGAAUACGAUGGACUUUUUUCGCAUCAAAUAAAUCGCAG